AUGCCCAAAUCAAAACACAUUUGUUGUAUUCUUAAUGCAUCUUUAUUUAUAAAUUUUAUAAACUAUUCAAACAAGACUCGUAAAAUAAUAUUCAGAAACAAUUUUUUAUCAAUUCAGUUAAUAAAACGACUAUAAUGAUGUAUAUAUUCAGUUAUACCUUGACUCGGUAGCAUAGUGGAUAAGCGCUGCGGCCCGCGAUCGUUGUUGCUAAGCAAUUUUCUCAAGGGUCGGUCACGGAAUGGGUGACCAAAAACUUACUAUCUAUAACUACUCCGUGCUUCAGAAGGCACGUAAAGCUGUUAGUCCCGGCUGCAUUUGCAGUCGUGAAUAUCCUCCAAUCCGUAUUAGGCCAGCGUGGAGGGUCAUAGCCCGAUCUCUUUAACCAACCAUAAAGAAGGUCUGACCACUGCAGUGAGGACUGAUGAUGAUGGUGACAUCUUUGUAUCAUCAUCAUCAUCAGCUUAUUCAUUUGCUAAGUACUGGGCUUUCACUAUGGAAGAAAAUUAAAUAAGAAGAACAGACCGUAACCGACGAGUACGAUCCGUGAAGCGCCACAGGUCCAGCAAGGAUAAGUGGGUGCCAAUAACUGAAGUCGUAUCUGGAUCAUUAGUCUAACGUGACUUCCGAAGCACAAAGGAGCUCAAGAUAAUAUAUCCUUGAUUACCCAUUCUUGAGAAAAUAGCUCAAUGAAACCCUGAAUUACAGAUUGAAACCCACGAUCCAUUGUGCUAUGGAGCUGACAAAAGUGACAGAAGUUGUUCAUGAUUAUUGUUCUUUACCUAAUGUAGUGACUACCGGGGCUUAAGCGGCGAUGGUUACUGGAGUUCUGCACCAGACCCUCGCUCUGCACCACUUUGUGCAGCCGCAAACCCAGCUGCUGAUUACCGGUGGGAGGCGCGCGCUUGUGGUGGCCCAUCUGUGGCAUCAUUUAUUUGCGAGCUACCCGUACCACAAUGGGCUCUGGGCAGCGAAGGCUGCAUGGUCAGAGAACUACCGGCGCUAACAGUUCUCUAUUUACCUGAAAGUGCGGCAGUACAACUUACUGCUGACUGUGGGCUAGCUGGCGUCAAAAAAGUCCAGUGUACUGGCAAUUUGAAACGUGAAGUUCUCUUACGUGGUCUUUCCUGUGGUGAAGAAGACGAGCAGUCUAGCACUCCUAAUACAGGAGCAACAACCAGCAUUUCCCUAUCAAUUGUAUCAUCUGAUAAUACAUUCACUGAUCAAGAUACAAUCAACGACGUUACUACAGAUGAUGCUAUUACAACAGAGCAUGAAGAUGACAUCAAUCAAUCCAGUACAGUAAAGCCAACCGAAUACCCAUAUCAUAAGUACCCAUCACUUUCAGAGACAGCUGCAAAACAAAUUAUAAAUAACGUAAACAGAGUACUCAUCAAUAAAAAUAUAGAUUUAGAUAGUGUUCAUAAUAAUUUGCAAAGUAACAAUAUACCAAAAUUAUAUGGCAAUGAUAAUUUCUUACCAAGUGAUUUAUCUGAAAAGCUUGAAGAUGAAACACACAAACAACACAAAAUAUUACACGAUGAAAUAGCAAGGCAUGGAAAUUUUGAAACCAUAUUUACCCAGCCCACUGAUCACUUUGUACCUCCAUUAGUUAUGGCAAAAGCAAAAAUUAGUGACGAUAUGACGGUACUUUCUUUAGAAGAGAAGCACGCCCAGCAAAUUGCUGAACAAAGAUAUUCCAAACACAUACAUGAAGAUAGUUUCGCAUCAGAAAGCCAAGUUAUGGCAUCUUCAAUGGUCAAAGAUGAAAUGAAUUAUACGAAAAAUGAUGAUAGGCCUCUUAUAACUACAACGACUGCGACCACAUUUAAAGGAGAUAUCAAGAAAGAAGUUUUGAAAACUAUUGUACCUAAAAAAUAUAAUGACAAGUACUAUGGUCUAAAAACAAAAAAUUCAAAAGCAAUGGAGUAUAAAUCAACUAAAAAUGAUAAAGUUACUGAAAAAAUUUCUGCUUCCACCAAAUCUCAACUGAAUGAAUUUGAUUCUACCACAUUAAAGUACGGCAACGAUGACUCAGAUCAAAUAGAAAGUGAACCAUCUAUAGAUUUAACUGUUAUAAUAAAAGAGUCUAAUGUAAAUGAUCUUAAAUUAAAAACGUCAAAUAUUGUUGGGAAUAUACCGAAAAUUGAGAUAAUUCAAAACGAUACCACUAUCACAGAACCUGAAAUCAAAUUAGAAAAUUCAAAAAUUAAUAAUGAUGAGAUAACUCAAGAAAUUUCAGUCAAGCUACCGAAAUCAUCUGUUAAUAACUUAACAUUAGAUCAUGAAGUUAUCAAAAUAACAAUUCUUAAAGAAGAUAACUCAAAUGAGACACCCACAGUAUUAGAAGUUACUACUAAAGUGCCAGUUUUUGAUGAUGAAAAUAUUAAAACUACGACCUCUCCCCCAUUUCAAAAUUCGACUGAUAAAACUCUAAAAGAUACCAUUAUACAAAAUUAUAGCGUGAAAAAUAAUAAUACCAUAGCAGACAAAAUUCUAAGUGAAACAACACCGCUCCCUCAAACUAUUACAAGUACUUUAAAAUUAGAAUCAACUGAUAACACAAUUACCACACAAACUGAACAACCUUUAAUUACUACACGUUCUACAUUCACGACAAUGUCAUCGAAUGACAGUAUUGCAGAUAUAAUACAUAAUAUUGAUGCUAAUACGACUGAACUGCCUGCGUUGCAAAUUACAAAUACAGUAGAACAGGAAACAGAGCUUCGAGAAGAUGAAUAUAGUCCAGAAUCGAAUAUGACUGACACAUCAGUAACCAUCGAUGAUUUUCAAUCUCCACUUUUAUCUGGUGCAAACGAACCGCCACACAGACCCAAUCGUUCCCGAAGGCCACAACCGGCUAAUCGGAUAAAUAAAUUCAAUCCAUUUCGCAUAUUAGGUUAA